UAAGUUCACUUGAUGAUUUCAAUAAUUUUUCAUCAUAGUUUAAUGAAGUUUUUAAGUUCCGAAAUUUAUUAAGUUUUGACUAUCUUGCGAUUGUUUUGUUAAUAAGUGAAUUUGAUAUGGACUCGGGGCUUAAUUAUAUAAUUUUUUAAUUAUGGCAAUGAAAUUCAUUCAUCUUUUAUGCUCAAGUCUUAUGCCUCAUCGGCUUUGGAGUAUCGGAGCUCUGAGCUGAUAAAAAGGCCAUUCAAUAACUAGCAACGAUUAGCUUCACAAUUAUUCUAGGUACCAAUAGUAAGCAUAUUAAGCAAUCUAUCUUAGAAUACUUUUUAAAAUAGUCGAUCUUUAGAUGUGAGAAAAGUCAAACUAAAUAAAAAUAUAUUUUUAUUUCGCAUUUAUAAUAAACAAUCGCCAUACUUCAUAUUUAAAAUGCUGGAAACUGAAGUUCAAUCACUUAUUGGAAUUUGGAAUGUUACGGUGAUAACUAUAGUAAAAAACUGAGCAAUUAUUUACAUCAAGUGGUAGCUUAUAAAGAAUGAUGGAAGAAAACAAAUUGAUGUGAAAUAUGUGACAAAAUGUAUACUUUAUCAUUAACAAUAUAUAUGCAUUCAAUACCGGGAUGUCAAAGAUAUCUAGUUCAUAUCAAUCUUAACCUAAUACCGAAAUACCGAUGUGCCUGACUAUAUCAUCCAGUUUCUAAACUAAUACUUAAAAUAAAACAGGAAAAAAUUCCUUUAACAAUGGAAGUUGACUGCCCGAUAAUCAGUCUUAAACGAUCUAGCAGUGCUCCUAUGAUUCAUGAAAUUAGUGCUACUGUGUCAGUUAGUUCAUCUACAACAUCUGUGCCACGAGAUGUUGCUUCUUCGUUAAAUCUUUUUCCUAACAUAUCAAGGACACGACGAUUUAGUACAAGUAGUUCUGUAAAUAUACCACGACUGACACCAAGAGUUAACCAAUUAAAACAAGAAGAAUGUAUUGAUGUUGCUGGUAGAGAAGCUGCACAUGAAAAAGAAAUCCACAGUGCAAUGCAAAUUUCUCAGUCAUGGGAGGAUUUAACUCUUGAUGCUGAAGGAUUGUCUGUUAAAGAUUCAGACUUAUCCAGCCAUCAACUUCAAAAUAUUGAGAAGCAAAUGAUAAAAAAAUUUGUUGAUCCUUUAAAUUUAAAUUUACCAGUUGUAAAUAACACUUCUUUUUGUUCUUCACCGUCACCUACUAGAUCUAGUCUAGGACAACGUCAAUGUUAUUCACCUGGACUCAGUACUGUUCAAUGGAAAAAUAAUCUUUCUCCAAGUCCUACGCGAAAAUCAUUUGCUAUGAGACGUAGUUUAAGUCCAAUAGCCUUAAGACCGAGUUGUUUGGGACCAGUUAAAAGAAAAUUUGAUCUUGAUAAUAAUUGUGUGGAUCGUCAACGCCCGAUCAAACGUACAUCUGCAUUAGUACUUUCAAAUUCUUCUCGAUCAGACGAAAUUUCAAAUAUAACUCCUAAAAGUAUAGAUUUAGUAGAAUCAUCUGGAUCUUUUUCAAAUAUAAACGGAUCAGAUUUUUCCUUUCAUUCUGUUGAUAAGACUGUAUCUCAUCGCAAAGUUAUCAACGAAAAUCAACAAAUGUCAAUAAACGCUGAGCAAUCCAGAAUUACAAGAUCGAAACAAAUAGACCAAAUAAAUCAGAGUCAUAUAAUUUCGCAACAUAGUUGUUGAAAAUAAAAAAGAAAACUACAAAUGCUAUAAUCCAAAGUUAUGACUGAUACAGAUUUUUAAUUAAUUGAUUAAAUGAUUAAAUAUUGUACUUGAUAAUUAAGUUUUUUUUUUUUAUAAAAUCUAACAAGUUUUCCCUACAUAAAAUAUAGUGCAUUUUUUAUAGCACAAAAUAUAAUAUAUUGUUUUUUUUAUUGUGUGGGAAAAUCAAUUUUAUAGUUUAAAUCAAUCAACUACUGUAAAAUAAUUAUUUAGAUCGAUUUUUUGAUUUUCUGCUACGAAAAUUAAAGAUUUCAACUUCGGAACUGAUACAGAAAUCGAUUCAACUUAGGAUAAAUACCAUUAAACAGAAGAAAUCAUUGUAAAAAUUUUUCUGAAUUUUCAAGAAUGUUCUUGAAUAGUGCAAAAAAGUUUUAGAACCAAGAAAAAUUUUUUCUUGUUGAAAUAAAAUUUCUUGAUUCACAAACUCUUUUGCUU